AUGAAAAAGACGCCGAUAAUUCAACUUGGCAUUCGAAUCAUCAAUAAAGUUAUCAACGCUAAAGAUAAUAAAUUAAGCGAUUAUGAUUUUGUACUAAAAACGGUUUUGAAAUUUUUAAUCGAAAAUUUACGUCAUUCUUGUAACGAAGUAGACUUCCGUGUCAUCAUUCGAAAAGCAUUAAGCGAUGUUUUAUGA